AUGGCAACGCCAAAACUGGGACCGGACCAGCAAACUAAGAAACUUCAAGUCUACCUCACUCUGGUGUUGUUUCUAGCCAUUCUUCUGUUGCUCCUCUUCGACACCAUUGUCUCACAGCCCAUCAUCAAGACUCUACCUGGCUUUCCCAGAGAUCUUCUGUUCAAACUUGAAACAAG